AUGGCCACAAGAAACCAGACCACCAUCACUGAAUUCACACUUAUCUCUUUUCCUGCUGUCGAAGGGCUUCAGACGUUGCUUUUUGUCAUUCUCCUGCUAGUUUAUAUGCUCACAAUAACAGGAAACAUUGUCAUCAUUUCCUUAAUAUGGACCAAUAAUCAUCUCCAAACGCCAAUGUACUUCUUCCUCAGUAAUCUGUCAUUUUUGGACAUUUUAUUCACAACUACUAUUGCUCCAAAGUUGCUAGCUUGCCUCUUAGAGGAGGAGAAAACCAUAUCUCUUGCAGGCUGCAUCAGCCAAACAUACUUCUACUUUUUCCUGGGGACAGUGGAGUUCAUCCUGCUGGUGGUGAUGUCCUUUGACCGCUAUGUGGCCAUCUGUAACCCCCUGCGCUACACCAUCAUCAUGAACAGCAGGGUGUGUCUCCUGCUGGUUCUGGGCUGCUGGGUGGGGGCCUUCCUGUCGGUGCUCUGCCCAACUAUUGUGGUGUCCAGGCUGCCAUAUUGCACUGCAGAAAUUAGUCAUUUCUUCUGCGACAUUGCCCCUCUGCUGCAGGCAGCCUGCAUAGACACUCAUUUCAUUGAAAUGAUAAGCUUCCUCUUGUCUUCUCUCAUCCUCCUGACCUCAUUGCUGCUCACCACCGUGUCCUACACCUACAUCAUUUCUACCAUCCUGCACAUUCCCUCGGCCCAAGGACGUCAGAAAGCCUUCUCCACCUGCGCUUCUCACAUCACUGUCGUCUCCAUGGCCUACGGGAGCAACAUCUUUGUGUAUGUGAGACCUAAUCAGAACCACUCCCUGGAAUUUGACAAGAUAGCCACUGUCCUCAUUACCAUAGUGACUCCUCUUCUGAACCCCUUCAUUUAUAGCUUGAGGAACGAAAAGGUAAAGGAAGUCUUGAGAGAGUCAGUUAGCAGGAUAGUUCUACCACAUUCCAAAGGAACAUGA